AUGGGCAAGUACCCGGAAGCGCUUUCAUUUCUUGAAAAAGCACUUGAAAUGCGCAAAAAAACUCUUCCUUCGAACCAUACCGCUAUAGCUGCUUCCUACAACGAUAUCGGUUUGGUCUAUAACAAUAUGGACGAGUACUCGAAAGCACUUUCGUUUCACAAAAAAGCAACUGAAAUACGAGAAGUAAUUCUUCCUGCGAAUCAUCCCGAGUUGGCAACAUCCUACAACAACAUCGGUGAAGUAUAUACAAAAAUGGAGAAGUACUCGAGAGCUCUGUCGUAUUUCGAACAAGCGCUUGAAAUACGUAAAAAAAUUCUUCCUUCAGAUCAUCCUGAUUUGGCUGAAUCCUACAAUAAUAUCGGUGAAACUUAUGAUGAGAUGGGAGAGUACUCGAUGGCACUUUCAUUCUAUGAACGCACUGUUGAAAUUGGACAAAGUUCACUACCGCCAAAUCAUCCUCGUCUUCAAGAGUAUAAAAGGAAUAUUGAGUCGGUGAGAAAGAAAUUAUAA